AUGGCUGCUGAAUCAGACUCAGAAUUAAAGAAUUCGAAAAAGCAGAUAAAGAACAAACAACGCCGAAAAAAGAAAAAGAGGUCACAAAUUAAACCUGAAGGCGCUCAAGACAGAUUAGAAAAUGAUACGGUUGGAAAUGGAAACGACAAGAUUUCAGACAUCGAAGACGAGGAAAAAGUGGAAAUUGAGUAUGUAUUACAACCUCUGGAUGUAUCUAACGAUCCUUACUUUGAAGAAUUCUCAAAGGUUUUUGCCCAUUUUCAGAUCGCCAAUAACGAGUCUGAGGCACAGCCAGAAGUUAAAGAAGAAGAAAAAGAUGAGAUUAUUAAGUCUCAAGUCGAUACAAAGGCAAAGGGUUCAGAUGUAGAAUCUGACAUGGAAACUGAAGAAGAUAAACAGGAUAAGGUGUCAAAGAAGAAACUAAAAAAGCUGGCUCGAUUAAGUGUUGCACAAUUGAAACAGUUAGUAAAAAGACCAGAAGUCGUUGAGUGGGUGGACGUAACAGCAGCAGAUCCUAAACUUUUAGUUAGCCUUAAAGCUUACCGAAAUACGGUUCCAGUUCCACAACACUGGUCUCAAAAAAGAAAAUAUCUUCAAGGAAAAAGGGGAAUAGAAAAACCUGCCUUUGAUUUGCCUGAAUUUAUCAAGGAUACUGGUAUAAUGGAAAUGCGUGAGGCUGUUAAAGAAAAAGAAGAUGCUGCCAAAUUGAAGCAAAAGACACGUGAACGUGUACAACCUAAAAUGGGAAAACUGGAUAUCGAUUAUCAGAAAUUGCAUGAUGCUUUUUUCAGAUUUCAGUCCAAACCUAAGUUAACGAUCCACGGGGAAUUGUACUACGAAGGCAAAGAAUUUGAGACGAAGCUUAAAGAAAAAAAACCGGGACAACUUUCAGAAGAAUUGAAAGCGGCCUUGAAUAUGCCACCACUUGCUCCUCCUCCAUGGUUAAUUGCAAUGCAGCGUUACGGGCCUCCACCUAGUUAUCCCAAUUUGAAAAUUCCUGGGUUGAAUGCACCGAUUCCAGAAGGGGCUCAAUGGGGAUUCCAUCCUGGUGGUUGGGGCAAACCUCCUGUAGACGAGUAUAACCGCCCUUUAUAUGGCGAUGUCUUCGGAACAUACCAGCAAGAAAUCCCUUCUGAUAUUGUUCAACCAAUUGAACGAUCAUUAUGGGGUGAACUAGAGUUCGAAGAAGAAGAAGAUGAGUCUGCUGCUUCUAAAGCAUUACAAGAAGGUCUGGUUACUCCCAGUGGCUUGUCAAGUGUACCAAGUGGCUUAGAAACUCCUGAAUAUAUUGAGUUGAGGAAAUUCCAAAACACCUCGACUUCUAUUACAAAUACGACAAGCAUAGCAAGUGGUUUAGAAACACCAAAUUUUAUUGAAUUAAGAAAAUAUCAAAAGAGUGAAGAGGAUGAGCCUAAACAAUUAUAUACAGUGCUUCCACAAAAGGAAGCGUCGAUUUCUGGAUUUAUGGGAUCACAACAUGUAUAUGAUAUUUCAUCAUCAGCAGCAACAACUGCGGGAUCAACAACAAAAGGAACUAAGCGAAAAGCAGUAGGUGCUGGUGUUGAUGUAGCUUUGGAUCCUUCAGAGAUGGCUAAUCUCGACGAAGAGACUCUAAGAGCCAAAUUUGAAGAAGCUCAACAGGCCACUCUACCUGAAGGAGCACAUGAAGAUUUUUCUGAUAUGGUCGCCGAACAUGCAAGUAAACAAGCAAAGAAAAGACAAAAGGUUGCAGAUUCACGAGCAGCAGCAAGGGAUACUGGUUCUGGUGGAAGCUCGGGAACCAAGAAAUAUAAGGAAUUCAAGUUUUAA